AUACAAAGCCCCCCAAUACAACGGCCUCCUAAAUCCCCGUCCCUCACCCCAAAUUCCCACCAUUUCCUUGCACUGUCGCUCCUGCUUUUCGGCCCGGCAAGCACAAAAUUGCCGUGUUCGUCACACGUUGCCGGCCACCUAACCUACCCACACGAUACCGCCAAGAUAGGUCGCCGUCGGCGCGCACGUCACCAACAGAAAGGACCCCGCUCCUGGAAGCCGUCGCGAAGGAAGAUGGGCCAAGAGCAGUCCGGCUUCAUCGAGGAUGACGCCCCUCCGACCACCCUUUCCGAGCGGUCGCUCUCUGCUGUUGCCCAGAUGAUCAAAGAUGGCCAGGCCAGCAGAAUCGUGGUCAUGACAGGUGCUGGCAUCUCCACUGCCGCCGGAAUUCCUGAUUUCCGCUCCCCCAACACCGGCCUGUAUGCCAAUCUUGCUCGCCUCAACCUCCCGUAUGCCGAGGCCGUCUUCGACAUCUCCUACUUCCGCCAGAACCCCGAUCCUUUCUAUGUCCUUGCUAAAGAGCUGUAUCCCGGCAACUACUCACCCACCGUCUCGCAUGCCUUUAUCGCGCUGCUUGCCAAGAAGAAUCUCCUCCGCAUGCUCUUCACCCAGAACAUCGACUGCCUGGAGCGCCAGGCUGGCGUCCCUGGCGAACUGAUUGUCGAGGCUCACGGCAGCUUCGCCACCCAGAGGUGCAUCGAGUGCAAGGCGCCGUUUCCCGAUGAUAAGAUGAAGGAGUACGUGUUCAAGGGCGAGGUGCCUCGCUGUGAGGACGAGAAGUGCGAUGGUCUGGUGAAGCCUGACAUCGUCUUCUUUGGAGAGCAGCUCCCCGAACAAUUCCACAAGAACAGGCAUGUCCCGUCGUACGGCGACCUGGCCCUGGUUAUGGGAACGAGCCUCACCGUGCAACCAUUCGCGAGCCUUCCGGACAUGGUAAAUGACGAGACGCCCCGUGUUCUUUUCAACCUGGAGCGUGUCGGCUCCCUGGGAUCUCGUUCGGACGAUGUGCUAGUUCUGGGCGAUUGCGACUCUGGCGUCCGAAAGCUUGCAGAUGAGCUCGGCUGGGGAGGCGAGUUGGAUGCAAUGUGGCGAGAGAUUGUCGGUGACAAGGAGGCAGAGAGGCAGCUGAGGAGCGCCGUCGAGCGUGAGGCUGCGAUGCAAGCUGAGGUUGAGGACUUGGCGGACAAGGUUGGGCAGGGCCUGCAUUUUGACGACGCAUCCGACAAUCCUGAUGGGGAGAGCGCUUCAGACGAGGAGAAGUCGCACAAAUCGGAAGUGCGAACGAUUGGCUCCGGACUGGAGGGGGCCACUUCCACAUCGCACGAAGCUCAGCAGACUUCUACCAAUCCCCAAGAGCCCAAAGCCGCCCCUCCAAAAGACGGCGUGAACGCCGAGAAGCUGUCAACCGAGGCAAUUGGGGACACUUCGGCAAGCUCUUCUGACACGGUGAAAGGGCCAGGCGACUCGUCUCAGGCCUGGGAGGCAACAAUCCAAAAAGAUUAUGGAGAAGAGCAGACCCAAGCACCGACGGGAAAAGCGGCGUUAUAAGAAUUCGGCACGACUGGAGCAUAAUUUUGGCAGCAUUUUCUUUUUGCAAGCAGAAGCCAUGAUGAGCACAAGAUAUUGGCUACUCCUGGGCCCGAACAAGGAUAUUUCACGUUACCAUCCGGCAUUCGUGAAGCCCAGAGGUCGCCUUGGGCAGAAUACAUGAGAGGAGUUUGGGUUGGCUUUGUAUACCUGUUUGACAUAGGAUUGUGCGGCACCGUCACAGUUGGAUUUCAAGCAUGCUUCGAAGAAUUCUUGCGCCUGGGCUGCGAUAGAUAUUCUAAUGCACACAUUUUUUAAAGCC